AUGUCAGAUAAUCAAAAUAUAGAUCCCAACAUAUAUGAUAAUGAUUCAUUAAAACUUGUUGAUUUGACAUCAUCAAACAAUUCAAAGUUAUCUUUUGCACAGGGAAAUACAAUUCAAAUGAUUGCAAAAUCUGAUUCACCUUCUCAUAUUCCAAUGUGUAAAGAUUGUCAUGCAUUGUUAGUUGAUGAUCUUUAUCUUAAGACAAAAGCAUUAGAGUUACAAAAUAAUAGUUAUAGGCAAUGUUUACUUCGUAUAACAGAAUCUGAGGAAACUAUAUUAAAAGAAGAAAUGGAGAAAGAAAAAAUUCUUGAAGAGAUACGAAAGAAAGAAAAACAAUUAAUUGAUGAGUUAAGUAAAUUGGAGAAAGAAGAAGUUAUUUUACAGGAUGAAAUUGCUAACCUUGAAAUAAAAGAAGAAAAAGUGAAAGUUGAGUCUAAUAAAUUAUUUGGACAAUUAAAAAAUUAUCAUAGAGAAAUGGUUAAGUUAUCAAUUAAAAAGAUAUCAACAAAAUUGCAAGAUGCUUUUGCGGUUGAUCAAUUAAAUGAUUUAUUAAAAACAAAUUUGUUAAAUAAAACAUUUUUUAUUGAUGUAAAUGAAAAAGAUGUUGGAAGGAUAAAUAAUCUCCAGCUUGGUAGACUUCCAGAUAAUUCAAUUCCUUUAAGUGAAUUCAAUGCAGCUUGGGGUCAAUGUGUCUUAUGUUUAAAAGUUCUAUUUGAUAUUUUAAAAUUAAGUUCACAUCCAUAUCAGUUAAUACCAAUGGGUUGUCAAUCACUGAUAAGAGAAAUUACAGAAUCAGGUUUUAAAGACUAUAAAUUGUAUGAAUCUUCUUGGGGUAUUUUUAAACCUAGCAUUGAUGAUGGUAUUUUGGCUUUCGUUAAAUGUCUUCUUAUAUUUGAAAAUGAAUUUUGUAGCAAAAAUGAUAUUAGGAAAAUGACAAUAUAUCCCUUUACAAUGAAAAAUGAUAAAAUAACAGAAGAUCAUGUGAUGCCAGAGACAGAGUCUUCUGUUAUUUGGUAUAGUAUGAAGAUGCAAUUUCAAAAAGAUGAAAGAUGGACAAAAUCAAUGAGAUUAAUGCUUCUAAAUUUAAAAACAGCCAUUAUGUUCACUUCUUCUGUUCAAAAAGAACAUGUAUAA